UUAGGCGCUUGUGGUAAAAUGCAAUAUGUCUACCUCGCGGGAGAGAAGUCUGUUGAUUAAUAAUUUCUUGGAUUUUCCGUGUAGAACCGUAAACUACACGAAAGUUCCUUGCUGAGGUGGUAAUUCGUUGGUUGUUUGUCAUGUAAAAUGAGCUUUUCCGUGAAAAAAACAGGUGGUAGAAUGUGGCAUGAAGCGCGAAAACAGGAAAAGAAAAUUCGUGGGAUGCUGGUGGACUAUCGUCGCCGAGCUGAACGUCGACGGGAUUAUUAUGAAAAAAUCAAAUCAGAUCCCACGCAAUUUCUACAACUACAUGGAAGGCCUUGCAAAAUACAUCUGGAUCCAGCAAUAGCAACAGCAGGCGAUAGUCCAGCAAAUAUGAUGCCAUGGCAAGGAAACGAAGACAAUCUUAUUGACCGUUUUGAUGUACGUGCUCACCUUGAUUGGAUACCAGAAGCACCAGAUUCUAUUGAUGUAGAUAUCGCUCUUACUAGUGAAGAUAGACAUAUCAAUUAUGAACGCUAUCGUAUAAUCGUACAAAAUGAAUUUUUAGGAGUAACGGAAGAAAAAUUUCUGCACCAAAUACAUCUGGAAGAGCAGUUUGGUUCGUCGACAAAAUUGGAUGCUGCGCGAGAUAAGAAAAAAUCCAGCAACAAUGUAGCUAUUGGAUACAAUUAUGAAACUGAAGAACCUAUACCAGAAACAGUAAAGUCAUUAGAUACUGUUGGUUCUGAAGAAAAAGGAGACGAUGAAGAUAGUGACAUUGAUUUAGAUAUUUGUGUUGAUGUUUCUCAAAUUGAACCAUCACAAGCACACGAAAUGAAUUUAGUAGCUCAAAAAUACGGGCUUUUAGGAGCUGACUAUUUUAGUUUCCUAACACAAGAUUUUGAAGAAGCUGAGACAUUAAGGCAAGCACGUAAACAGGAAGAAGAAAAAGCCAUGUACUCGGGUAGAAGAUCACGCAGAGAACGACGUGCAUUUAGAGAGAAAAAAAUGAUUGGUCGAGUUAUGAGUCCACCCAGUUAUGCGGCGAGAGAGAGUCCUGAAUACAACCCCUAUAGAAAAUCUUCGUCCAAGUCUCGUUCACGGUCUGCAUCACCUGUAAAUGCUGGACAGAUUACUUAUAUUACUAGUUUCGGUGGCGAAGAAGAAACUCAUGGAAGCUCGUCCCACGUUACUUCGUCCAAUUCAAGGAAAGUCAAUUAUUCUCAUCUCAGACGAAGAAGAUCAGAAAGUCCGAUGCUUAAUGAAAGAACAAUAAAUAGAAAAUUUACAAAAUCAAGGUCGCGAAGUUGUUCUCGAUCUGUUAAUAAAUCUAAAUCCUAUAGGAAUAGAGACAGAAAGCGAAGUCCAUCAAGAAUGAGAUCAAGAAGAACACGAUCACGGCAUCGAAAAGUUACGAGAUCUCGAACGAGAAGUCGUUCCAGACGACCGCGAAGUCGAAGUAAAUCUCGGUCGCGUUGCAGAAGUUUCAGUAGGUCUCGUUCGCGUACCGUUUCAAGAUCAAAAACGAGGUCUAGGUCUCGUUCACGUGUAAAAAGAUCUAGGAGUGUAUCCUCGAAAAGUUCAUCCAGAUCGAAAUCGAGAUCAAGAUCUAAGUCGCACAACAGAAGCCAUUCAAAAGACAGUUAUCGCCGAAGACAUUAUUCUCCAUCGAAGUCAGUAUCUAAAUCUCGAUCUAGAACUAAAUCGGAGUCUAGAUCUAGAUCAAGAUCACGAUCCAGGAGUCAAUCGAGAUGCAAACGGUCCCGAAGCAUUGAAAAUAAAACACCGGCACUGCCACGAUACUAUGGUCGUCGUGGAAAAUCAUCAAGCUUAGAAUUAGAACUGUCAGAUAAUGAAGAAAAAGUCUCGACGACAGUAUCAAAACCGUCGGCUAAUAAUACCUCGAGCACGAACAAGCCAAAAGCAGGGUUAAGUACAAAUUCUGGUGGCGGACACAAAUCACUGAAAAUCACACCCCAGGAGCGGCUUAAGAAGAAAAUGCAGGCUUUAUUGAACAAGCAAUAUAAAGCUGACAAGAAGGCUGAACAACUUAGGAUUGAGAAAAUGGAACAACAACGGCAAGAUCGAGAAGAUGAAAUUCGCGAAAUGUCUUUGAAGUUACGAAGAAAACAAAGGGAACGAAGACAUCGUUAUGAAGGUCAUAGUUCUGAUUCACAUUCCUCCGUGUCACGUACGCCGAGUCCUGGACGUAGUCCACGACUUGUUCGCCGAGACAGAAAAGAAAGGGAUACAAGAGAUUUUGAGAGUGACCGUGACCGUGAAAGGGACAGAGAAAGAGAUAGGCGUGACGAUAGAGAAAAGUUUAGAACUGAAUCUCGAAGAAGAUACAGAGAUUCACCAAUGCGUUCUUUGAGUCCAAGGAGUAGCCGAGGCCUAGUCGAUUAUUGACAGGAAGCGUGUGUAUGGUUAAACUUCCAUUUGAUGGACUUAAACCUUUAUUAGAUAUUUCCUUAUCGCAUUCCUUCCGUAAUGCUGCGAAUGUUCUAUAAAAAUGCGACAAAGAACUUACGAAACGUAUGGUAUAAUUUACGAUUGUCGUUUACCAUUAAUUAAUAUUGUUUAAUAAUACAUUGCAACAUAAUAAAUACAGAUGUU